UGAAUAGAACAUACAGACAAUGCAUUCCUGAUUCAUUUCUUUUCCAACAGAAAAAUUACUUAAAGACGCCAUAUUUUUAAAUGAAUGACAUUUAUUGUCGGCCGACAUAUAAUAUAAAUUCAAGUGCGUGAAUUGGAACGAUACUGGUGUGAUGGUGUGCGAUGGGAAAGUGUUUUUUUUGUAUUUGGCAUUAACCGCGAGUCGAUUUUUUCAUUCUGUUUAUUCAUUCCCAAACCAAAUGUAGAGUUUUUUGAAAUAAACAAUGAAAUGUAUUGGAUUGAGGAAUACAUUUAAUUGAAAUUUGUGAUCAAUUUGGAAAUGACGGUGUGGCGGAUGGAAAAUGGUGUAGCUGGUAAAAAAAAGGAUAAACGUGUGACCGCUUGAAAACGAAAAAGAAGAAGUUUUUUUUUGUGUCAAAGAGUGUUUUUGUGUUGAUUUGGGUCCGCUUAUGGAUUUUUUUUCUCUUCUUUAAGUGCGAAUGUGCCAUUGUUGAAAGGGAUCGGUGCUAGUUUUGGUUGAAUUUUACAACGUAACCAAAAAACAAACACGUAAUUUGAGAUAACAAAAUCAAAUUUGUCAAUGAAAUCUUUGUGAAUUGGAUUUUUGUUUUGUGUUCAUAUCUACGGAUGGAUAGAAGAGGUUUUUUAAUGUUGCGUCAACUCAGGCAGGCCGCGUUAUAUUCAUAAACACACACACUGUACCAUUCUACAAAAAAAACACACAUUUUCUGUGGAAUUUAGUUAUUUAUUUAUUUGUGGACAUAUUUGUUGUGACAAUCAGUUCUUCGAAACUGCAAUUUUUACGGAAAUUGUGUGAUUAUAAUUAUAAUGUUGUGGUGUUUGUGAUUUGAGAUUAAUAAGCAACAAGAAUUUACAUUGGCAUUGUAGGUGAGAUAAAUUUUUUUAUAAAAAAAACGAGUGUAAUUACAGUGGACAUUGUGAAAGCGCACUACGUCAAGAUAAAUUCAAUUUACAUUCGUCUUGUGAACGAUUUGAAAUUAAAAUGUCUACCACCGAUGAGCCCAAUCUGUUAUGAGGGUCGGCAGCAUUCAAAACUUACGAAAUAAAUAAAAUGAUAAAAGAAAAGUCAGAUCGAUUUGCAUCAACAUCAUCAGCAACCUCAUCAACGACAGAUUCAAUAGCGGCAACAUCAGUAACACCUCCACUAACAACAACAACAACAUCAUCGUCAUCAUCACCAACGACACCAGGAACAACUGGUACAAUCAAUUUGGGCCAAACAGCAAUCGAUGGUGGUGCAUUGAGUUCAUCAACAUUGUCCAAAUCACCCGGCACAACAUCAACUGGGAUUGGCAGUAGUGGACAAUCGCCGUCAGCAACUAAAGCAACAACAAAUAAUAAUAGCAGCAAUGCAACUGGCAUCAAUACGACAAAUAGCUCAACAGUGCCAAAUAAUACAGCUUCAGGAGUAUCACCACCGCAUUCAUCAUCAUCAUCGACCUCCAGUUCAAAUUCAACUACAAAACAUUCACCUACACAUCAGCUAUCCAAUAAAGAGAAGGACAGCCAGUCGCCAAUAACACCGACAGUGUCAUCACUUAUGCCUACAAUUAAGGACGAGCCAAUAUCAUCUGAUUCACUAAUGGGAAAUGGUGACGAUAUGUGUGCUUUGCAAGCGGAUCAAAUUAAACGGGAAUCAGAUGGCGGUCCGAACGCCACACAAUCGUCAGCCACGUUGCCGUCAGGCGGCAGUUUAAAGGAUAAUUCUAGACUAAAUAAAAAUGGAGUUGGUGCAGCUAGUGGCGGUAUUAUUGGAUCAACGAAUACGGGAUCAGUGCCGGGAGGAUAUGAGAAAGGUACCAGAUCACCAUUGAGCGAAGCUCGCAUCAAAGAGGAACUCACAUCUCUAAGCGGCGGUCCUCAAACAUGCAAUCUGUCACUGGUAAAAAUGGAAACACCAACCGGAUCAGAAUCAAUUGAUUAUCAAUCACAACAACAAAUUCCGCCAAUGGAUCAAUCAUCGAACAGAAUGACUCGAGAUGGUAAUUCGCCAACAGAUAGCAAUUCAGGUAAUACAAAUGCUGGCGGACAACCGGUGCCAUCAAAUGUUAUGACGAAACAAUCGGGCAGCAGUGGAAUGGAGUACAUGCAGACCCAAAAUCACAUUUUUGUGUUCUCAACAACGCUGGCCAACAAGAGUGCUGAAGCUGUAAUGACGAGUCAAUAUGCAUCAAUCAUUGCAUAUCAUUGUGCACAACCUGGGUCAAAGAAAUUUCUAGAAAAACAUCCACUCAAGCAGUCUCAAUUUAAUCGACAAAAUCCGGCCCAAUGGCUGAACAAUAUAUCCAUAAUGAAAUCAAAGUCAAAUAUUCGUGGACCAUCGAUGGGUGGAAGCAAUAGUGGUCCCAUGGCCAUGCAACAACAGAGUCAUUUGUCGGGCGUCGGUUUUCAAGGAGGCGGUUCAACCGGUAGUAUUCAGGAUGAUAUGAUGUCGAAUCCCGAUAAUGAUCUCCUAUCAUCGUGGGACGAUGCAAGCUCCCAUCACAAUAUCGGCCUGGACGUAUUGUCAAAUGGAGCCACGAAUGCAGGUCUAUCAAACACAACAUCAUCGACAAGCAAUACUUCCGCAUCGGCUGUCGCGUCAGCUGCAUCACUUCUCUCCGAUUCGACUGGUUUAGAUGUUAACAAUUUAGUACCUGGAUCACCAUUACCAAGUGGUCGUAUUGGCAGCAAUAAUUUAUCUCUUGGCCCUGUCAUGCAACAACAGCAGCAGCAAAGUCCUACGACAAUUGUGAAUAGUGGUCCGGGAUCAUUAGGAUCAACAAGUCCUGGCUUGGGUGGUAUGACGCCUUCACUGCAAGGCGUUAAAGUACCAGAUGCUAAUUUAACGCCGCAACAACGGCAGCAUCGCGAAGAACAGCUGGCAAAAUUGAAGGAAAUGAAUUGCUUGUUGUUCCCCGAGCACAUGCCUGGUGAUUGUCAAAUCAAUGAUGCGGAUCCACAAGGUCCUGGAAGUGGUGGACCACCUCCAUGUAAAAUGCAGCAAUUAUCGGCACCAUCCGGACCCACACGCGGUGGAAACGUACCUAAUAUGGGAGGCGGUUCUGCUGGCCAAAUGUCUGGCGGUCCAGGAUGUACACAAAUGCCACCGAAUAUGAGUCCGGGAAAUCACAUGUCAGGAAUGCCUGGUUCAAUGGCAUUCAAUAAUAUGUCAAUGGUAUCCGGAAUGAGUAACAGUGGUCCAAUUAACGAAGGGCCACAUUGUGGUGGUCCUGGAGGAAUGAUGCAAUCAAAUUUAAUGUCAAAUAUGGGAUCAGGACCACAUCAGCAAAUGAUGGGGAAUAUGAAUAUGCCUCACAUGGGAGGCCCAAGAGCGCAUCUAUCACAGCAACACCAGCAACAAAUGAUGAAUCAGCCUCAAAUGGGCGGAAUGAAUUCAUGUAUGCUUCCAAUGGGACCCGGCGGAAUGAUGAACCAAAAACAAAUGAUGGCUGGACCUGGUGGUCAAACUGUGCAAGCACAAAUGGAGUGGAAUAAACUGCAACACCAGUUUUUCGAGGAACGCAAAGUAGACGAUCAUCGAAUGGAUGGUGGACGCAGCGGGCAUAUGCAAUCAGAGCGAGAACGAAUGAUGCAUGCUGAACGCAUGUUUCAGAUGAAUAUGGGUGGACCACCGAUGGGUGGAGGAAUGAUGCCAGGCAAUCGACAAAUGCCUGGCUCCAUUCGACAUCCUAAUCAGCAACAGCAACAAUUUCACCAACAACAGCAACAUCUUCAUCAUCAACAACAACAACAACAGGGAUCACGUUUACAAGGUCCCCCACCGCCUUAUCAUCAAACUCAACGUUCUGCAUCGGUACCCAUAGCUACGCAAAGUCCAAAUCCUAGUAGUCCAACAAAUAAUCCAACAUCAAAUUUGUCGUUGCCAUCUCCUCGCGCUGGUUCGGCUUUAAAUUCGCCAGCAGCUGACGCUACAAGGCAACAACAACCAACAUUUAAACAUCUCGGUCAAAGUCCUACAUCGAUUGAUUCACCCGUGCCACAACAGAGGCCAGUGAAUCACAGUAACCCCAGUACACCGAUAUCAUCUCAUUUAUCUCCAAAUGCUAGUCUUAAGGAUCUUGAAAUGGCUGCCGGUCAACAUUUGCCUGGUAAAGAGCCAAAUUUAAUGCCAGUGCCAUCACCACAACAAAUUCAGUACUUGAAUGCUUUUGAAGGUCAGGAGUUAACCAUCCAAAAGCAAGCCAACACAAGUCUCAAGGAUAACAAUAAUGGUCAACAACACCAUCAAUCAAUGCAAGGUGGCCACGCUGAGAAUCGACUGUCGGGAUCCAAUACACCCUUAACACCAUCAACGAGUUCAAUAGAACCGAGAUUUCCCCCAACACCUGGAACUACAAACCCUUCUGGAGGUGUGAGUAGUGGUGGUGCUCAAGCUGGCUCAACAUUUCCCAUACCGUCGAGUCCUCAGACACCAACAACAGUGACAACGAAUCCAUCGUCAGUACCAAACCCAGCUGAAAAAAAUCAACGAAUUGGAUCAUCUGGUCCCAGUCCUCAAGGAUCUCGCACACCGUCACUGAGUGGAGAUUCAACUUGCCCAACAACAAUGUCUUCUGUUGAUCACUCAUCCCGAUUUCCUCCAUCCAGUCCUAACAUGAACUUCUCACCGGCUUCGCAGCAGCAAUCUGGUAUGAAAAUGGGAAAUUUCAUGGACAUGUCACCUACAGGGAAAAUGUCGGCCGAUUCACCGGCCGUUCAAACAUUUCCCUCAUGUGGCCGAACUGAUAACUUGCCAUUGAAUCCAAACAGUAAUGCUCCAACACCAACAAAAACUUCACAUUUCGAUCCCAUAUCGUCACUGACCCAAAUGUCGCAACAAUUGACAAACAGUACGCCGAACUCGAUGAACGGUCAACAAGGUGUUGGUGCGGGAAUGAUGAGCGGUGGACCAUUUAACCAUGGCAUGAUGCCAAAUGAAAUUGGAGCGAUGAGCCAUCCACAACAACAGCAACAACAGAACCAACAGCAGCAACAACAGCAGCAGCAGCAGCAGCAGCAACAACAACAACAUCAAUCUGAAGGUCCAAUCGGACCAAUGCUUGGUGGAGGUGGCAUGGAUUGUGGCAUGGGAAUGGGAAUGGGACAGAUGGCGCCUGGACAGUUUAAUAAUCCAAAUAGCAUGGCUGGUGGAGGUCCCAAUUCACGUUCAAUGUCGCCGAGAAUGAGUGGACCGAUGAUGAAUUACGGUCAACCGAAUAUGAUGGGUCCAGGAAUGAAUCGCAUGUUGGGUCGACCGCCAAUGGGAGCGGGUGGUCCAUACAAUGGCGCAAAUAUACAAGUAAAAGCCAGCGCUCCAAACACAAUUCAAUAUUUGCCGAAUCGACCACAAGUGGGAAAUUCAAAUCCUCGCGGACCACCCAGUAUUGAAUUUCUACAAAAACUCACCCAUCCAAUUAAUCAAGGCGAUGGUGGUAAAAUGGGUCCACAGCAAAUGGGUCCAUUUUAUUCGAAUUGUCAAAUGGGUCCGAAUGGACCUCCAAACGAUAUGAGAUUGAGUGGCAUGAAUCCGCACAUGGACGGUGGAAUGGGUGACGGUCCAAUGGGCCCAAUGGGUCCAAUGGGACCGAUGGGACCUGGCGGUCCAGCUGGUCACAUGAUGGGACAACAGAUGAUGAUGCGUGGCAUUCGGCAAGGAAAUCAAGGAAAUUUCAUGAGAAUGCCCGGUCCGCCACAUCCACAUAUGAUGGGCAAUCAUCCGUUUAAUGGUCCCGAUGGAAUGUUUCCGCCCGGAGGACCGAAUUCACAAAUGUUUCCUGGCGGGCCGAAGGGAGGACCAAUGAAUGCUGGCGGACCGCCAGACACAACACAACCGUUGCCGCCAUCAAUGGGACAAGGUGGACCUCCAUUUAAAUCGCAAUUUAUUGGGCCGACAACCGGUGAUCCAAAUUAUGCGCAACAAUAUCACAAUUUUCAACAGCAGUUGUAUGCAAUCAAUCCUCGAAGUCAAUUGAAUAACCAAGGACAUGGUCAAAAUCCAAAUCAGUCAUUUUUCGUGCCCAAAUAAUAUUACGACAUGCGAGAGAGAUUCUUUUAAUUUUGUAAUUUUUGUUCUUAAAAACAAAUUUGUCGUCUUUUUAGUUCUGUUUUACUGCUUAGAAUGUCGUGUCUAUUAUUGAUUUUAUUAUCGGAGUCGAAUUAGUUUAAUAAAUCUCUCUCCUCUCAUUCUCUCUUUUAGUGUUUAUCGCGGAUAGUGGAAGAGACACUGACCUGUAAUUUUCGGCUUACGAAACAAAUUACUUAAUUUACAAAAUUUUUAAAUUUUUAUUGAUUAGUUUAAGCGAUUCUGUGACUGUGUUGAUUGAAGUGCUAUAGAUCUCCUAAUUCAAUGACGAGGCAGCUGAAUGAAGAUUU